AAAGCAUUUGAAUGGUAUAAAAAAUCAGUUGAGCAAGGAUAUAAUGAUAGUGAAAAUUAUAAAAAAGCUUCUGGAUCAUUUGAUCAAUCAUCUGAAAAUGGAAAUCCAGAUGGAAUAUUUAAAUUAGCAUAUUGUUAUUACAAUGGAAUUGGAACUAGUAUUGAUAGGCAAGAAGCAUUUAAAUUAUACAAAAGGGCAGUAAAUUUGAAAAAAGGUACAAUCAGUUUCCCUACUACAAAAAUAGUGAUAAAAUCUAUAAAGUCCAUGAGUAAUGAUCAACAAAUUAUUCAUCAAUUGAAAUUAAAUCAUGGUUUAUUGUUUGAUGGAUAUAAAAUACAGCCAAGUAAACAAGCUAUUUUUAUGAAAGAUGGUGAAUUGAAUAUAAAGUUAUACAAUGGACAACCCAUAAUAUAUAAUAAUAUAAAUGAUUCUAUUUCUUCAGAAAAUUUUUUCAUGGACAAAGAUAAUCUUAAUAAUACAAUCGAUGUGUGUAUUAAUUUUCCAAUUGCUGAAAUUAUUUAUAGAGGCGAUUUAUUGGAAUCAUUUUCAAAAUGCACAGAUGAUGAAAAUUUAUAUAAGUUGUACGGACACUUUUUUGCAAGAAACAUUCUAAUUGGUAGUAAAUUAUUUAUUAAAAAUUUAAAUUUGGCCACUCAAGCACAAAUUGAUGUUUUAAAAUUUUAUUUAUUCUGUGCGUAUAAUUCAGCUAAACAUUCUAUAGAAAUUCCGGUCAAUAAUUUUUUUACCUUAAACCUCUUACCAAAAAUAGUAACAUUAGAUGGUGAAGAGUUGAAUACUCAUAAAAAGCUGGUCAAAUGGAUGAAUAAUUUGUAUCAAGAGGGAGAGAAAAGCAUUUUUAUAAUUUCUUAUGAUAAUUUUAUUCCCAUUUCUCAGUUAAAAAACAAUAUUGUAUCAUCAGUAGAUGGCUUUUUUAACGAGAAUCAUUAUGAAAUCUCUAAUUUUAAAGAAAAUAUAAGUUUAGAAGAGUGGGUUAGAGAUGCAGUUAACAAUAAUCUAGUGAGUUGGAUCAGAGAUUUCCAUCUUUUUCAAGGAUUGAUACUUGAUAAAGAUUAUGAGAUGGAGAUUAGCAAGAAAAUUCCCAUUACUUUUACCAAGAUUCCCAAAAUUAAACCAAGAAAUUCAUCUUAUUUGAAAAUUAUGAAACCUUCAACAAAAGUGGAAAAUUUCUUGAUAUCCAAUAAUAUUUAUUCGCCUUAUAAUUUAAACUCAUUUCCAUUUAUCAAAGAUAAUAGUAUUAAAAGUAAUAAUGGUAAAAAUGAUGAGAAUAGUACUCAUGUUCUAAUCAAUUGUGAACAAUAUGAAAUUCUAUUAAAUAAAGACAAUAUAAAACCUACACAAAAGCUUGAAUAUGCUAUAGAAGAAGCACUUAAUAGCAUGAAACCGUUAAAAGCUUUACAAGAUAUAUUUGAUGAAUAUGGUCAAUUAUUCCCACAAAGAAUUAUUUUGGGAAGAUCUAUUAAAAAUAUUUUACCAACUUCUAUUGCACCUGAGACCAUUGAUAUAAAAACAGAAUCGUUAACGUUAACGCCACGUUUAGACAAAUUAAAUAUUUCAUAUUUUUUAACGCCAAAAGGAAGAAUUAUUGAAAAUAAUGAUUUACCUAAUUGGAUUCAAAAUCCAAAUAAUUUGGAAAUUAUUGAAUUUGAUGAAAUCGAACCAUUUUACAAAAUUCUUAAAGAGGAACAACAAAUGAAAAUAGAUGAUUUGUUAAAAGAUAAUUAUAGAAUAUUGAUGACAGGAAUUACUGAUUUGAGAGAUUUAGAUAAUAAUGAAGUUGAGUAUCACAAACGCAUAAAUAUUGAACCAUUAUUAGAAGAUGAAGAUUAUGAAGUAUAUGGAUCAAUUGUUUCAAAAAAUAAUUCAAGAUUAGAAGGAAUUUAUGUUAAUUUUGGAUCGUAUGACAUUAAUGGAUUUUUUGCAAUGAUAAAAAAAUUAGAAGAAACAAGUAUCAAUAUAAAAGAAUGUCGCAUUCUAUGGAUGAUUGUUGAAAAACCCUCAAAAUUAUUGGUUUUUAGUCCAAAUAAUCGAGAAUUUCAAGUUGAAUGUAUUAAAGAAUCUAUUAUAUUACAAUCUGAUAAAUCAAAUUAUUACAUCAAACCUUCUUUUUCUUUAUCUCAAGGAUACACUAUUUUUGUUCAUGCAUAUUGUCCAUCGACCAAUUAUGAGCCUGAUAAUAUUAUUAAGUUAGUUAAAUGGUCACAUAAUUCAAUUAAAUUUCAAGUAACCAAACCAUUUUAUAACGAAUCAAAUAAUAAUUUUUCAACAGAUAAUGAAGAGGAUAUUAAUUUAGACUUACGUAUUUGCGUUCUAUGUUCAGAUUAUAAGAAUUUGAAGUUUGAUAAUAAAAAUGAGGGAGGAUUUUCUUUAGACUUAACUGGUUAUGUUUUAACUAAAGAUAAUUUUAAUG